CCCUCAGGCCAAAAAGUUUGCCCGCCCCUGCUUUAUCACAUGGUGUUGAAAGGAUCACAUGGAGCGGGGGAGUUAGCGAAUUACUGCGUACUUAUCUCAUCGUUCUGGGUCUGAAUCGGCCAUGGCGUUUGUAACCGAAGAACAGAUCCAACAGUUCCAUGAAGAUGGUUUCCUCGUUUUGGAAGAGUUUUUCACCACAGAAGAAUGUGAUGCCAUGAGGGAGCAAAUAGACAAGAUUAUAGCCAAGAUGGAUGUGCCACCCCACUGCCGUACAGAGUUCUCCACCGAUGAAGAGGAACAGCUCCAGGCACAGGGCAGUGCGGAUUAUUUUCUAACCAGUGGAGACAAGAUCAGAUUCUUCUUUGAGAAAGGAGUUUUUGAUGAAAAAGGUGACUUUCUUGUUCCAAAGGAGAAAUCUAUAAACAAGAUUGGCCACGCUUUGCAUGCUUAUGAUCCCAUCUUCAAGCAAAUCACUCACUCCUCCAAAGUGCAGGAGUUGGGAAGAAAACUGGGCCUUGAGAAACCAGUAGUUGUCCAGAGCAUGUAUAUCUUCAAGCAACCUGGCAUUGGUGGUGAAGUGAGACCACACCAGGAUGCCACAUUUCUGUACACAGAGCCGCUGGGCAGGGUUCUGGGCCUCUGGUUAGCUCUGGAGAAUGCCACGCAGGAGAACAGCUGUCUCUGGUUCAUCCCUGGCUCUCACACCAAUGGCAUCACACGUAGAAUGGUCCGAGCCCUGCCGGGCACCAUACCAUGCACACAUUUCAUCGGCUCUGAGCAGACUUAUCAAGAUAGCCAGUUUAUUCCUGUGCCCAUCCGCAAAGGUGGCCUCAUUCUUAUCCAUGGAGAAGUUGUCCACAAGAGUGAGUUGAACAACUCAGAGUGGUCCCGCCAUGUGUACACUUUCCAUCUGAUGGAGGCCAAAGACACCACCUGGAGCAAAGAGAACUGGCUUCAGCCAACUCCUGAACUGCCUUUUCCACCUCUCUACACCUGAAACUAACGUUGGCCAUUGGAGUCAAAGGGCUGAUUAGUAAGUAGAUUCCAUUCAUCUUUCUCAGCCACCCCCUGCUCUCAUCUCCCAAUAUUCAUUUGUCCUCAGCACAGAAGGAGUAGCUUCAGCCUGUGUGCAUGACAGAAGAAUCUUCACCCAUACCCGUCCAGCGUUGGCCUUACUCAGAGCAUCUCUGCUACGUGUACACUACUCAUAGUGGGGAACAGUCACCUAAAAACCACUUUUGAUGGGGAAAUCUCUUUAGUCAUGUGAACUGACUAUUAAGAAGCCACUGUGCCUCAACUCUGGGACCAGCUGAGAGGCACCUCCUUUUCAGGAUACUCAAAAUCUCAGUAUUUUCCCCUUGUACAACCCAAGCCAGGAAAAUUUCUAUUAUGUUUAUUCCAUCUCUGUUGUAUUACCCUCAGGUGUACAGAGUCUUUUGGAGGUUAUGUAGAGGGGUUUUGUUGUACCACAAAAAAGUUAAAACCUACCCUGCUGCAAUAGCAAUAGAUUAAAAGAAAAGUCUAGAAUGGGCAGACCAAAGCAGGGAGCCUAAAUUUCUUAUUUUUCCUUUUAAAAUGCUAAGUAAGACUUACUGGGGAGUGGUAUGUGAGGGGAUAACACAAUCCCUAGACUUGUAAACCUUUACUCCAUACAUUUUCAAGGAGAACUGAGUAACUUUUGAUGCAUAUUGAAGUUAAUGAGAUGUGGGAAUAUCAAGAAUAAAAAUACAAACAUCAUUUCUCUGUUGUUUGAAGAUGACAGUCCCUGAAACCUCCAAAAAGUGUUAGACCACAACACAUAAGGGUAAAGACAUACAGUGAUUAUGCUUUUAACUCACAGCAUGCAGAACAGAUGCUAGCAAAGAGCACAUAAUAAUGUCACCCUUCUAGGAAGUAUCAUAUAUGGACUGCAUUACAUCAAUCUGAAUAUUCUAAACAAACUCAUUUAAACAAAGUGACAGAGUCCAUUUUAUGUUCCUACGUACCCUUCUAGUACUAUCACUGAAUAGUCAAACUUUAGCUUUUUUCAGCAAAUCUAUGAAGAGAGACAGGACUUUUCUUCACAGUUUCAGUUGUGGUGGCAUAUAUUUUAUAAUGAAUAACGAAGAAUGCAGUUACGUAUUUUUUUUUUUUAAAUAUAUACAGAGAGAACAGCUACUCUCUGAAGUACCCAUACAUAAGACUGGAGAUAUGCUUCAUAAAUUUUCACGUCACCAGUAUAUUAUAUAAUUGACAUACCCACAAAAGCCAACUUCCCAGCUCAUUACAGGGAUGCUCAAGUAAUUUAGUUCAUAGUUAUCAAAUUCACUGUGACAGGGAACAAUAAUAUUUCACACUUAUCUAGUACUUUCCCACCACAGAUCUGAAUGCUUUACAGACACUAAAUAAUGAAUCUUUACAACACCCCUUGGAAGUAUUAUCCUAGUUUUACAGAUGGGUAAAUUGAGGUACAAAGUGGGAGUAGGUCUAAUUGUGGAGCCCUUACUCGUGGGAGAAGUCCCAAUUACUUGAGUAAGUGCUCACUAACAUGAACCAGGGCUUCACUAUUUAGCUCUCAGUGACUUACCCCAGAUCACACAGCAGGCUUGGGAACAAAACCCCCGGAGUCCUGAUUCUCAUGCUCUACCCUCUAAACAAUAUUCCCUCCUAUUUAUUAUCCUUUGAAUGCAUAAUAUCAGUUUUCUGUUUUAAAGCUGAGCUAUCAAACAUUGAGACAAUAGAAGCAACAUGCAGACUAGAGGAAGGAGGGAUUGGAAGGUGGAUAAAACUGUGGUGGCAACAUUAUAAAUGAGAUUAUGUAGGCAGCACGAGCUCUAGAAACAUAUAUGCAAAUAUAACAAAAACAGGAAAAAAGAUUGAGUAGCAGUAGUAAAUUUUAUUAAUAAUUAGUCUCCAUGGGUGAAUUUUGUGUUCAGAGAAAUUGCAAGAGCAUGUAUUGUGGAUCAGUUUAAACCCUUAACACCAAGGGUUUUAUUGCUAAAAUUAAUGCAUAGAGCCCAGCAGUAUCUUCAGCAUUUCAACUUGAUUUAAAAGUUUUAAAGUCAUCUAUAGAAAUUAAUGUUAAGCCUUUAUCUUAAAUGAAAACUAGAUGUUUUGCUUAUUUUAAAUAGCAUUAAGCAUUAUCAUUUCCAGUUGGUGAAAGCCAUCUACCUUAAAAAAAAGAGAGACAGCUGUAUCUGACUAUAUGGGGUCCCUAUGCAAAAUACAUAUAUCUCUGGACUGAUAUUUAAUACACUUGGGAAAAUACACAGAAGAACUUUAGACAGUUUCUAAGAGGUCACUUGAAUAGAAUAAUCUGCCAACAGAACAGACACCCUCAAUAGUGUUCAUAAACUAGAUGAAAACAAAAUUGUGCAGAUGAUCUUGCAUUGUUGCAGGUGGAAUGGACUGAAUGACCCAAGACAUCCUAUUGUCUCAGGCUCUGUAUCAGAUUAAAGCAGGUUAGAAAUGGAUUUCUGCAACACACGGCUCCAAGCCUUAUUGCUACAUUACUUUUUCUAAGCAUGAUGCCUGCCUCUGGUAUUUGUCUUAAACGCUAAUUGCAACGAAGAAAUAGAUUAAAUUCUUGAGUUUAUUUAUGGUAAAAACGGCUCUUAAGUAAUGGCUAGGACUUUGCUGGGUCGAACAAGAGUGCCAGUUUUAAACUGAGCAGCUAAAAAGGGUUCUGUAGGUCAAACAGGAUUUUUUGAUGCAUCUGAAAUCACUGCAGUAGCAGGAAUAAGUAUGCUGGGUAGGGAUAACAGUGGUAAUUUUGCUCAGAUUCACCAAGGCUUCUAUUAGAAACAAGAGUCUGAUCUUUCCUACCUUCUUCAGAACUUGUUUUGAUGUCAAUAAGCAGGGGACAGAGUAACCUUCAGUUCUGGUGCUUCGUUUUAUGGCUUUGGUGCUAUAUCAACCUUCACCUGAAUGCUUUGUUACCAAGUGCAGAACACCGGAUGGGUGGUAGCUAAGGCUUUUUCUUAGUUAUUGUGGGAAAAAGACCCCACCUUUCUAAUUAACCUUUUUUUAAAGUAGCAUUUUCCUGCUAAGAAAGUUGGUUCAUCUCUCCUUUCCCUUCUGUGCUCUGCUCAAUGUGAUAUGAAGACAGAUGUAGAAAGAAUGUCCCACUCUGUCUCACAGCUGGAACAUGAGAAUUACUAAACUGUGCAGCAUGUUGGAUUCACUGUUCCUACGGGUCACUGUACUCUUGCACCAUCCAUCUCUCCAGGGCUGUUUCCUUGGAGCAGUGCCUCACAGCCUAUUGCUCUGUUAAUCACAGUCAUUUUCUGACCGUUCUUAAAGUCCUAGGAGAGAUUCUGUGCUGUGUGUCUCAGGAGGCAUGGUCCAGAAAGAGAAGGCCCAAAGGGUUGGAGGAGGGUGGGCAAAUGUGAUAUUCUCUGGGUUGUUCCAGGGGCCAGUGCAUCCCAGCAUGAUUGGAGGUGGUCUGACUCUGCAGCAGAGAAUAACCAGAGCACACAGUGCUCUCUGGGCAAUCCUCCUGCUAAAGUCUACACACUCCCAGUCCCAAACUUGGGGCCACACAGGAUGGUGCUAAGCUGCCUAGUUUGCCCCAUGUUGCCCUAUGGCUGGGGUUCUACCCCAGGAAACCGGUGUGGCCCCUUUACACAGCAGAAAUGCCAUAAAGAUGCUGUAGUAGGGACCAGAAUCAACUUCCCUGGACAAGAAUUCUUGCAAGCAAACACCCUACCAGGUACUCUAUGGGAGGGUGGAAGAGGCAGGAUAUAAAUCAGCUUAAUCUGGUCCUAAUGGAAGUGUUGCAUGCUAAUGAGAGAGGCUUCCUAGAAGUAAAAAAGUUUGAAAGGAUUAAAUAUACAGAAAUGGAAAGGUUUUUUGACUAUAAACAGUGAAUUGUUUCAGGUGUACUGUUAUGAUCCUAAUUAAAGGGGCAGCAGCAGGUAGUUUUACAUUUUAAUAGAAAUGCUUUCAUGGAUGAUUUUUAAUGAAAACCAUUUGUCUGGAUUUAAAUGUCCCCCCUCUCCCCCCUAAUGAUUUACAGGCCAAACACUGCAGCUUGUACUAGUGCAUAUAUGAAAACCAGAAUAUUACUUACUAUAAACAGCUGUGAAACUGACUUUAGUGAUUUUCUUUGUUCAAGCUGAGAGAAAUGCAAGAACUAAAUCAAAUUGUAUGAGUAGCAGAGAAGCACACUGGAUUGUUAAAAUACUUUGUUUUAAUAAUCUAAUAUGUUACUAGUAAUACAAGAAAGGAUUUUAAAUGAGUUUUAACCUAACCUCUCUUUAAAUUGUGUCUGGAAAUGGGACUCUUUUCAAUAGAGAUUAAUUUUUUAAUGUAGCUUUUUUUUUUAAUAAAAAAAUCACAUGUAAAGCAA